AUGGUACAACCAUUUGAAGCCUCUACUUGUGCUACGCCCAUGUCCUCAAGUACUCCACAUAUUAUGGCUCCUGGCAGCCGUGAUGUCAUCGAACAGCAGCUUUCCAUUGCGAAAACAGUGCUUCUGCAAGCCAUCGACUUACUGGACAACCAUCUCACUUCGGACGAGCAACUCGCGGUUCACUCUCAAUAUCUUCCUGGAUCAACCAUCGGGAAACACUUGCGCCAUGCACGCGAUCACUUCGUUCUACUGAUGGACAGUAUGCUGCACCCACCACCUCGCGUACUCUCAUAUGAUACGCGCGUCCGAAACACACCCAUGGAGACGAGUCGAGAAGGCGCCCGCGCUGCCUUGUUAGAAGCCGUGGACCAGCUGGAAGAGGUUGUGCCGACGAUGGAUUUCAAUGAGCAGGUUACCUUGCAAGCUAUCACUCCGUACAUGCACUCUUUCCAGUCAACGCUAGGGAGAGAGAUGUGGUUUGCCAGUCUACAUUGUGUUCAUCACUGGUCAAUGGUUCGCGUUAUUGCGGGAGAAAUGGGCAUCAAACUUUCUGAAGACUUUGGAUUCGCUCCAUCCACGUUGGUGUACCAGGAUCGUGAAGCUCCGCUUGGGAAAGGGAAGCUGUGA